AUGUCCAAAGGGAGCAAUAUAACAAUGGCUGAAAGUGGUGGUACUUAUCAACAAUUAUUCGAUAACAGCGAUGAUCAGAAGAACCCGGGACAGUUCUAUCGCCAAAAUUCUUUAUUCAGACACGAGAAAAACAAAGCAGUCGUGACUAGAGGUCCAAAUAUACUCACUUACUGGAUCCAUAUCUUGGCACUGGGCUGUACUGCCGCCGUGCUUCAACUUAGUUUUCGACAAGUCUAUUGGGCUGAUGAAAACAACUGGGGCAACUAUGACACAAACAAGUGGUCCUUGGGUUUUGAUCAAGAAGAAGUCGCCAAUGCACUUCAAUUUCCAGCAAAACUUCACGAGAUAUUCAUAGUUUCCUCCCUAUCGGCAAUAAUCUUCUCCAUUGUCCGGCGGAGACUGAUCGGGACCCGUGGUAUCCCGUUCGGAUUUUUGAUGGGAGGUUACCAGGCUGGUUCUACUGAAUACCUUUUCAGCAAGUCCUUUUGGGCCCCUCUCCGUCAUUCUUUCAUGAACAAAAAGAAAGGGGCAAUAGCCGUUGGAUUCGCAAUCGGCCUGGGCAUAGUGUAUGCCAAUGUCGUAGGUCCAUCCUCAGCGGUUCUUAUAGUCCCUAGUCUUAGCUGGUGGGAGGUUCGGGAUCCGUACAACGGACAACACUACCCCGCAUACAUCGAUGGUGAUAUGAGGGGCCUGUAUCCCCAGAACCUUGACGCCUCUCUGGCCAGAGAGUACGAUAGAAGAUGUUCGACUUCAUAUAUGACAAGCUCUUGUCCUGGGUCAGGAAAUCCUGAUCUUGUAGACUAUGCAACCGCCUACGCCAACGAGAACAUAGCCCCGAACAUCACCUUGACUCAACUAUACGGCAGGGCUAGCAGGGUACUAACAGCAACUAAGAAUCCUAUCGAGGGCAAAAACACGUCAGUUUCUAUCGCAUCUACGCUGCACUCAGAUAUAACUGAAAUGACCGGUCUGUUCUGGCAUUAUGUCAGGUCAAACAGUGACGGUCUCAUCCACAAAAUCAGCAGGCCGCAGCUCACUCCGAAUGAACGGUUCAUUGUAAGGAGUCCUGUUGUCCAGGUCCAAUGCAAAGGCUUCAGAUGGCAUGAUGCCAUUCCCAAGAAGGUCGAGCCUGCGUUCCCGACAGACCUAUUCGCCGAUCUCGCUCAGUCUGAUGACAAAUCAGGAAUACCAGUGCCGCCACAAUACUGGAACUAUACCAGGCAGUUCUAUGACAGAACCAACUUCACUUGGGUUAACUUGAAGGAUGUGUCUUGGAAUGGGAAGACUGUAUCAGCCAGUAUCGGCGCUCUCGCUUCUGUCCCUUACAGACGUCGUUUCCAAUUGGACAGCGGCAAAGACGUUUCAAUACAAGAGACCCUCCUGAUACCAUGUGUGUUGGAUGCACGAUGGACAGCCACAGAUAUCAUCUACGAUCCUACAGAGGACGAUACCAUUGUCGCAAACACCACCAAUCCUACAAGCUUCUUUGGUGCCAUCCAUGAUAUCGAUGUGAGGAAUAAAUAUGGUAUUGGAAGCAUGAUACUCGUGGACACUGCCUGGGCCGACCUUCUGAACGUACCCAACACUACGGCACACACUAAAUCAGGCGAAGUUCUCCAGGUCGGGGCUAUGGAGGCCAUCAUGAUGCAAUUCGUGGUCAAUAAGACGACCGACCUUUAUGACUUCAAGACCAAUGACACGAAGCUUUCGAAUUAUCGAUCAUUCAGGCCUCCGGUGUGGGAUCCUAGUUCAAACUACGUCGACAACACUACCGAGACGAUUGCUGCCAUCAUCAGUCUCGCAAUGGCCGACGGCCUCUCGCGCGUCUCUUAUGGCUCGCGCGGCUACGCCAUGGCGCUGGAUGAUCGCGACCCAGCUAACCUUACUAUGGUCGACUUGCUAAAGCAGGCAGGGUCGCAGAACAUUGGGCCUGAAGCGAAUUUUACUCAGGAAGCGAUCGAACGCAAUAACUAUGUGUCUUUAACGUUUGCGGUUAGAAGGUAUGGCUGGGGCUAUGGUUAUAACACAAAGACAGCCAAGUUCGCGAUCUCUGUUCUGAUGAUUCAUGGAGUCGUCGCCUCCUGCUACAUCAUCUACGGACUGUUUCAUUGGCUUUUCAAUCAGUGGAGCAGCAGUUCUUGGGGUGAUGUGGGCGAGCUGUUCGCGCUGGCUAUGCUUUCCAGUGAACCCCGUGCACUCAGAGGAGCAGGUGCCGGCAUAGACGAAUGGGACACUUGGAAGUUGGACGUUAUGGUCAGGGUGAAAGGCGACGAGAGAGUGGAACUCGUGUUUGGAGACAGGAACGGCGGGGCAGCAGCAGGCAAUGAGGGUAGAGUUCGACACAUGGAGAAGUACAGGUAG